AUGACAGACUCUGAACCUCUCUACGUCUACAAACUCGUCCCAUCCACCGAGCCGGUCCGAGAACCGCUCCCCGAGAGACUCCCCGUCAGUGAACUCGACCAGAACUCCGGAUUCAUUCACCUGUCCACGGCGUUUCAAAUACCAAAUACCCUCAAGUUCUUUUUUAAAGAUGAGCCGCUUGUCUAUGUCUUAAGGAUCCGGUAUGACCGUGUAGAACCGGAUCUUCGCUGGGAGACGCCAGAUGGAAAAGUGUGCGGACCCCGGCCUACGGAGGGGUUGUUUCCGCACUUGUAUAACGGUCUCCGGUUAGGAAAGGAGGAAGUCGACAGCGUUGCUGUGUGGAUGAAUGAUGGCGGAUGGGAAAAGCCUCUUUUGCAGGCAAAACCAUGGCUUUUAUACUAA